GUCCUUCGUCAUUCAGUAGUAGUUAGUUGCCUUCGCAAUUUCUCGAAGCGUGUACAACGGCAUCGCAAUUUGGGAUCGAUCCGCCAGCGGUUGCCAUUCGAUCGUGUUUGCUAAUUCAAAGGUUGAUCAAUCCAUCGAGUAUUUGCGGAUUAGGCCACAGGUGGGCAUGAUGGCCGAUCCGGACGAGGCUCGUCCGGCCGGAGGCGUGCCCCGUUCGCUCUCGCCCUUGGCCAUAAUGGGCCUAGUCUUGAUGGGUGUGUGUCUAUUGGACCUGUCGGGUAUGGGACUGAGAGGAGGCAGUGGUGGUGGCGGCGGCGGCGGAGGAGGAGCUUUAUCCAGCGAUGGGGCUGGUCCGUCCCACGGCGUUCAUGCCCAAAAAGAGGUGCCCAAGCCCAAAUUUGCGUCGGCGGCGUUGGGCCCCACCAUUCGUUUCUUAUACUGCUAUUCCUGAGGGUACCGGAAGGUUUUUGAGCAGUAUGCCGGCAUACUGCAUCAAAAAUAUCCCGACCUCGCCAUCGAGGGCGAUAAUUUCCCGCCUCCAGUGUGGAAGGCCCAACUGGCCCAAUUCAUUACUUUCGCCAAAGUAGCCGUGAUCAUGUGUGUGGUGGGAUCCCUGAACCCGUUCCUCUUCACCGGCCAGAUCACACCGCCUUGGUACGCGUGGCUGUUGGAAAACAAACUCUACGCCUGCCUCAUGAUCUUCUUUUUGUGUAACUUUUUCGAAACUCAGCUCAUUUCCACGGGGGCCUUUGAAGUGGCUUUGGACGAUCUCCCGGUUUGGUCCAAGAUCGAAUCCGGACGCAUUCCCCAACCGCAAGAACUCUUUCAAAUCAUUGACAACCACUUCAAUAUGAACAAAGGGGGCAAUGCCGGGAUUCGAGCGGAAACGCCCGAUUUUCGAGACGAGCUCUAGCACUUUCUUUCUUCCCUCCCCAUUCUUCCCCGAGAGCUGCUUCCAAGUUCAGGGUGGAGCACUCUUGGGACAUUUUCUUUCUGGCAGUUUCAUAUUUUGUACGUCUGAGCCCCAUCCGAUUCGCGCUUCAUCCACCUAUUGAGACCUACUCUCUGGCCCCAUUGUGUCUAGUUAUAAAUGAAGUUUUGGUUGGAAAAGCCAGCAAAGGCUGCAAUCGAAACUGAUGAGGAACAUGGUGUCCAAAAAGGGGAUUCAAUAUCGGAUGAGUGACAGAUUUUCGGACAGGGUUGUAGACAGCACCAACUGAUUGUCACAAUCAUCAUUGUUUGCAAUUAAUCAUGCAGAAAAGUAAUAAAGAAAACUAGUCAAUUAA